AUUAUUUUUAUCUGGGCCUCCCCUCUUCCCGCACCGUUCAAGGAACUAGACUAUCAAAAUGACUAUCUUGUUUUUCACUUGUACGUCGUUUCCAAUCGUUUAACUUGUAUUUCUCUCGUCCCUCCAUCCGAGCCGACAUCCGUCAUCAUCUUCGAGCCGGCCCGAGCAUCAUCACAGAUGACGCCUCCUGAAAAAUCCUUGGCCAAUGUGCCUAACCUCAGGAACUCUUAAAAAUGAUGACUAACAGUCUGACUAAUGAAACGAUCAGAUUUUCGAAGAACCAUAGGAAAGCCCAAUGCUUCGUACUUACAACGUAACUCGAAGUGUUGAUAUCAAUAGCUCUUUGCAAGAUGUGAGAAGAUUGGCUGCGCCGGGACCAGGACAUGGAAACGCUUCAGGACCGCCUCCCCGCCCACGCCGUUCCUUAUCCGCGAACCAGUCUUACUACCCAUCUCGGUAUGGCAUGUAUGGAGGAGCUGCCUCGUAUUCCAUGUACGGGGGCGGCUAUUCGGCAGGAAACUACAUGGGCGGAGGUUAUGGAGUCGGUCCGUUUGAGAACAGAUUUGUCCAAUUGGCUGAAGAAAGCUCAAUGCCAGCUUUUCAACGUGUCGAGUCCUUUGUACGCGCUUUUACUUCAAUUUCUAUGAUGAUGGAGUCGACGUACCACGCCAUGUCAAUGUCGUUCAGAGCGGUUUUGAGUGUCGCUGAAAAUAUGUCUAGGCUCAAAGGUGUCCUCUCAGACAUCCUUGCCUCUUUGGCAAUUUUUAGAAGGAUACGUUAUUUUUACCGUAGAAUAUUAUACAUGCUCAGGCUUAUUAAUAAAACUCAGAUUGAAGAAGAAGCGUGGCGAUUUGCCGAGGGUUGUUCAGAUGCUGCGUCUCAGCAGCGCCCCGCUAGAAAUUCUUUAUUACCGCUGGCAGCAGUUUUUGGCCUGUUUUUAGGUGGACCUUAUGUUCUUUACACACUCUUUGCUCCUAAGGAAGGAACUGACAGCAUACCCCAAGAGGGAAUGAUGAAAGUAGUCACAGGGUACGAUUUCAUACCUGCUCAGUCUGACGAGCUCGGUUUUAAGAAAGGUGAGGUACUUUUAGUCCGCCAAUCGGAUUUAAACAGCAAGAGGAGUUGGUUAAUGGCCUGGAAAGGGCAGCAAUCGGGCAUGGUACCGCUCAACUACCUAGCCAUCGUUCAUAUCAAGAAAAAUCCCCAACCCAAGGUGCAAAAAUUGCAAGAGCCUGUCAUUGAAGAGGACUAUUUAAUAAAUGAUACCAAGAAAAGCGUUACACAAUAAUAAAGUCAAAAAAUGCUAUGUCUAUGUGAUAACAUUUUUAUACACUUGGUCCAUUAUUUUUGGUUUUGUACUCAAUUUUUUUUUUUAUACAAUGUGUUGGAACGGUAGAAAACAUAUUAAUGUUUAAAAGUCUUAUGUUGUAUGAUUUUUAUUUAUUGGCCGUUUUAUGGCUGAAUUUUUUGUAAUGUUUUUUUAAUAAUAAUUUUCUAACAGUUCUGUUAUAGUACAUUGUUUCUGCCAAUGUUAAACAUAAUGGAUCAAUAUAAUUGAAAACAGACUUAAUUUUAUCCUUUGAUGGAAUAUUUAGGACUAACCCAAUGAGCCAUCACUUAAAAAGUUCGAUAUUCAUAUUUUCAAACUUCUUAUGAUGCUAUGUUUAAAUCGUAAUUAACAAUUUUUUAAAAUAGUUGUUAAAUGUUUUUAUGUAAAUAAGCAUACGUUUUGCUAUGUAUUGGGGUUUAUUUUGUAUGUAUAUUCAGCGACUUGUAUUUUUCAAAGGAAUUAGUUUUCAUCUAUGUACAAACGUUUAAAGAAUACAAGGUUUUAAAAACGAA